ACUCAUACAUCCUCUUUUGUCCGCAGGCAGUUGUCUUAAGAAAAGAGGAAGGAGCUCUCAAAUGCUGUGUCAAUUCAGGGACUCAGUAGAACAAUGGAAUACCGUUCUGAGGUAGAAAAUUUGGAUGAAGAUGGUUAUACUCGUUUAGACUUCAGCUCUCAAGGCGUCACUGGGAGACAUGCGGUCUUAGAGAAAGGAACUUGUGCUACGUCUCCUUAUUGGCGUCCCAUUGCCGUGACCUUGGGAAUCCUAUGCUUGGUAAUACUGGUGACAGCUGUGGUCCUGGGUACCACGGCUAUUUGGAGACCCAAUUCAGAGAGCAACCCAUUGAAGAAUGACAACUUUCCAUCAAGAAAUAGAGAGAACUACAGUCAACCCACACAAUCAUCUUUAGAAGACAGUGUGGCUCCUACCAAGGCUCUCACAACCACAGGAGUUUUUUCCAACUCUUGUCCUCCUAACUGGAUCAUACAUGAGAACAACUGUUAUCUAUUUAGGACAUCAUUAGCUUCCUGGAAUAGCAGUAAAAAACAAUGCUCUCAACUGCACUCUAAUCUCCUGAAGAUAGACAGUGAAAAAGAACUGGAAUUCAUAAUGAAGCAAGCAUCUUCUCAACCCGAUAAUUCAUUUUGGAUAGGGCUUUCUCGCCAUCAAACUGAAGGACCAUGGCUCUGGGAGGACGGCUCGAGAUUCUCUUCUGACUUGUUUCAGAUCAGAAGCACAGAAAUUCAAGAAAACUCAUCUCACGAUUGCGUGUGGAUUCACCUAUCAAUAAUUUAUGACCAACUUUGUAGUUUGCCUUCAUACAGUAUUUGUGAGAAGAAGUUGUCAAUAAAAUGACGAGGCUGUUGAUGUAAAGAACAGAGAGAAGUAUGUAGCAGCCAGAAGGGCUAAAAACAAAACGGGAAAGAAAGAUACUGGAGGUCAGAAUAAAUGCUAAAAAUAAUCAAGAGAGCUUAGCCAACUUCAGUCUUAGCUGAGAAACGGUAUGGAGAGUCUGUGAUGCUGUACUUUCAAUUCAACUGUUUUGGCAGACCAGCCUUACGUUCUAGUUAACAGAGCCCUACAUGUGGAGUAGGGACAGCUGAACUUCUAGCUCCAUUCUACCAUUGACUUAGUAUUAACCUGGAGUUAGCCACAUAUCCGUGGUGUUUCAAAAGGCUCUUUAUUUCUGGGCCGACCAGACUCAUUUUUUUUGUCCUUAAAAUGUGCCCCUGGAGUACAUGUGGUGUGUUCCCAUGAUGCUUUCCUCCACUUCUAGCAGUUUACCAGACACAGGUGGAAGGCAAAAUGUAUUUCUGAACAGCUGAAUGAAGAAAUGAGAAAGAACGUCUUCACUACAAUCAGAGCUAUUCCAUCAUUUUGUUCAUCAAUAUGGUCACGGUUAUGAUCAAAAGCAUCAUGAGGGGCACCUGGGUGGAUCAGUCGGUUGAGCGACCAGCUGCAGCUCAGGUCAUGAUCUCACAGUUGGUGGGUUCAAGCUCCAUGUCAGGCUUUGUGCUGACAGCUCAGAGCCUAAAGCCUGCUUCGGAUCCUGUGUCUCCCUUUCUAUCGGCGCCUCUCCUACUAGCGCUAUGUCUCUCUCUCUCUCUCUCUCUCAAAAAUAAAUAAACAUUUAAAAAAAUCCUUUAAAAA